AGACGCUUGCUGUCCUGCUGAAGCACUCUCACGUCUCAGCUUGCUUGAAGAAAUAAGCCAAACAAACUCUAUUUGUUAUCCAGCUAGCACACCGGAGCUGACAUGUCUCAUGGAUGGGGGUACGGACCCAAUAACGGUCCAGACAAAUGGGGAGAAAACUUUCCGAUAGCCAACGGAAGCAGACAGUCUCCCAUCAACAUCGUCCCUCAGGAGGCUCAGUUUUCCCCAUCUCUGAAGGCUCUCAAACUCAAAUACGACCCGUCCAACUCCACUGGGAUCCUCAACAACGGACACUCCUUCCAGGUGGACUACGUGGAUGAUGCUGAUUCUUGUACCCUUACCGGAGGUCCUAUUUCUGGAACAUACCGUCUGAAGCAGUUUCACUUCCAUUGGGGCGCCAGUGACGAAAGGGGGUCCGAGCACACUGUCAAUGGCAUCAAGUUUCCCUGUGAGCUUCAUCUGGUGCACUGGAAUACCAAAUAUCCCAGCUUUGGAGAGGCGGCCAGUCAACCUGAUGGCCUCGCUGUGGUGGGGGUCUUUCUCAAGAUUGGUGCCGCCAACCCCAAGCUGCAGAAAGUUCUGGAUGCCCUGGAUGCCAUCAAGACUAAGGGAAAGCAGACCACCUUUGCUAACUUUGACCCAAAGACUCUUCUUCCCGUUUCUCUGGAUUACUGGACCUACGACGGCUCUCUGACCACGCCCCCUCUCCUGGAGAGUGUCACAUGGAUUGUUCUCAAGGAGCCAAUCAGUGUCAGCCCUGCACAGAUGGCAAAGUUCCGCAGCCUGCUGUUCUCUGGCGAAGGCGAGUCCCCCUGCUGCAUGGCGGACAACUACCGACCUCCUCAGCCGCUCAAGGGUCGGCAGGUCCGCGCCUCCUUCAAAUAAGCAUCUGGCCCGCAUUUUGAUUGGUCGUCCUUUAUCUAUUCUUUGCUUUGAUUAGCUUUUCCGCUGUGGAUGCCACAAUACUACUUGAUGUAUCUUGAAUCAAACAAUGAUUUUGGACUUUUAUUGUAGCCCCGACAUACAGUAGCUAGGAUCUGACCUAAAAUGGCUUCUUAUGGCUUCACUCCUGAACACUUUAGAAUCAGGAUAAUAGUUCAUGUAAUUGCGUGGAUUAUGGAUCCAAAUGUGGAUUGUUAGCAAACUAAUAUAAAUGAAAUUAUUUUCUUUAUGUGUCACAAAUAAAAUGUAUGCAAAUGUGAAAAGUUUGGAUU